AUGUCGACCCCUAUAAUAAUCGGAGCUGUAGUUACAGCGGCAGCGUUGGCCGGUAGGUGGGCACUUAAGGCUGCUCAAAGUUCUAAACCGUUAGCUUCAAAAACGGUAUUUAGUAAUUCAGCGUCCAAGAAGCGGCCAAUGGGAGGGUUUGAACGUAAGAUUACUAGACAGGAAGCAAUACAGAUCCUAGGCUUACGAGAGUCUGGUGUUAAUAGAGCUAAAAUUAAAGAAGCACAUCGCCGAAUUAUGCUUCUUAACCAUCCCGAUCGUGGAGGUUCCCCUUAUUUGGCAAGUAAAAUUAAUGAAGCCAAAGAUUUCCUCGAAAAAUCUGUACGAACAUAG